GCCAUGCAUUCUGUGCUGAUUCAGAGAAGUGCACUCAGUGUGCAGUGCUGUAUACUCCGUGUUACUUUCAGUUUUCUGCUGUUAAGAGACGUUGCAGUCACAGCAGUGAACAACGCGGAGCCGAAUGUUCGCGAAGCUCGGUCAGUGGGAGAUCAGGUGAUAGUUCAUCCAGUGGACUGUGUUUUAUCAGAGUGGAGUGCUUGGUCACGCUGCGACACCUGUCAGAAAAAAAGAUAUCGCUUUGCCAAACUGGAACAGCCGUCUCUGUUUGGAGGACAGCCGUGCAAUUUUCACGGCAGAGAGGAGGAGGCCUGUGACGUUUCAGCCCGCUACACCUGUGACAAUGUACCAAUAUGUGAGGGAUUUCUCUGCACCCAUACAGGCCGCUGUAUUCCCCGAACUCUGCAGUGUAGCGGUGAGGAUGACUGCGGGGAUAUGUCGGAUGAAGCAGGCUGUAACAAGGUUGCCAAGCCCUGCAGGCAGGAGGUGGAAGAGUAUUGGGGAAUUGAAAAUCUUGCCAAAGGGAUUAACAUCUUGAACAGUAACCUGGAGGGAGAGGUGCUUGAUAACAGAUACUACGCUGGCAGCUGCUUGCCGAACUACAUCCAGGACGUCAGAUUCAGGAAGCCAUACAACCUCCAACAGUACACUCUACAGACAAAAGGAUCGUAUGAUUUCAACCUGCAGUCGUUUGAAUCGUACUCUGACUACAUGGACUUCACCAUGAAGGAGCGCACGAUAAAAGUCACUGUUUCCUUUGGCUUUGCUAUUCCUGGCAUUGUAGAAUUUGGCUUCAAUCACCAUGAUUCCAAAUACACCAAGUCUGUCCAGAAGAUUCGCCGUGCUUCUGGCCGGACUAACAGCUUUGUGAGAGCAAAAGCAGAGCUGGAGUUGGCUCAGUACAUGUUGAAGUCAGAAGGUCUGAUGCUUCAUCCAGAGUUUCUGCAGCACCUGCGCUCCCUGCCUCAGUCCUACGUUUACGGGGAAUACAGGCAGAUCUAUAGAGACUAUGGCACUCAUUACAUCACAGAGGCCGCGCUGGGAGGAGACUAUGAGCACACCAUCAUCUUAAACAAAGAGAGGCUCGAAAAGACAGAUUAUUCCUUGGAAGACUACAAGCGCUGUACACAGUCAGGCCUUAAGGUUGGGGCCAACAUCUAUGGUGUUUAUGUGUCAGCUGGGAUUAGUGGUGGAUCCUGUAAUGGCCUGCUAAAUGAGAUGGGAGAGGACACGGUGAAUGGCAGCAUGGUGGAGGACUUUGUUGCUGUCGUAAAGGGAGGAAGCAGUCAAUCCAUCACUGCUUUGGUGUCUAAAAAACUUCCAACCCCUCAGCUGAUGGGGCUAUGGGGCGAGGGUGUGCGUUUUAACCCUGAUUUUAUUCGCACAACAACACGUCCGCUGUAUGAGCUGGUGACCUCCAGAGACUUCACCCAUCAUGCCACCAUGAAAAGGAACCUGAAGAGAGCGCUGUCUGAGUACCUGGCCGAGGCUGAUCCAUGUCGCUGUGCGCCAUGUCACAACAAUGGAGUGGCUGUGUUGAGAGGCACCAGGUGUGACUGUGUGUGUCCUGUUGGAUACAGCGGACGGGGCUGUGAGAUCACUCAGAGGCCAAAAGAUAUGGGCAUUGACGGCAGCUGGAGCUGCUGGGGUGCGUGGUCAUCCUGCAGUGGAGGAACAAAGAGCAGGAGUCGACAGUGUAACAACCCAGCACCCAGCAACGGAGGUCUGACCUGUCGAGGACUGCAGCAAGAGUCCACUGAAUGCUUUUGAUAUAACAGCCUGUCUG